UCCAUCGCGGUUAACAUCAAUAAAAAUUUCUUAAUUCGUUCUGCAAAACCAAUCGAAAAUAAAACAUGGGAGAAUUGGGAUGGUGAAAUUCAUAUUUCGCCAGAUGCCAUUUUUGAACCAUCUACACUUGAAGAUCUUAAAGAUAUUGUAAAAUUAGCAAAGACAAAUAAUAAAACUAUUCGAUGUGCCGCCCAAGGGCAUACUGAAAGUUCUCUGUCUGUCACAGAAAACUAUCUAGUAGUAGUUACAAAUUUAAAGCAGAUUACAGUACAAAAACAUUCUAAAUAUGGCUGGACUGUUACUGCAGAAGCAG